ACUUGUGCCUGGUCCGUACGCUUCAAUUUCCACAAAAAGCGACGGGCUCGUCCGCUGGCACAAAGGGUAAACAAAUCAAACACCUACCUGGACUCCAUCGGGCAGCUGAAGCAGUACAUGCUGUUAGCUCGAGACGUUCAUUUUUCUCCACAUUUUGGCCGCUGCUCUUGCGAAAUAAACAGCAGGUGUUGAUGAAUAAAAGACCGUCUUUCACUCUGUGUGGUGAAACGGUUAAUGGGAGCGACUGAUGUAAAGUAGAAACCGUCUUAUGAUCUCCUCCUCCUUCCUAAAUGAUAGGGAGGCUUCACAGCCCAAAGGAAAACAUUGAUUACUUAAUAGAUCUGCAUUUCCUUUUUGUCAGUCAAAUAUACAGCAACAGAUGGCGACCAGUGCCAAGAGACCAUCCCUGCAGGGUCCUGUGCCCCCUCCUCGCAAGAAGACAACCCCCAAACCUGAGCUGACAGAGGAGCAGAAGCAGGAGAUCAGGGAGGCCUUUGAGCUGUUUGACACAGAUGGUUCUGGAUACAUCGACGUCAAAGAGCUCAAGGUUGCGAUGAGAGCUCUGGGGUUUGAACCAAAGAAAGAGGAGAUCAAGAAGAUGAUUGGUGAGGUGGAUAAGGACGGCACGGGGAAGAUCUCCUUCGCUGACUUUCUCACUGUCAUGACACAGAAAAUGGCCGAGAAAGACUCCAAAGAGGAGAUCCUGAAAGCUUUCCGCCUGUUUGACGAUGAUGAAACAGGCAAGAUCUCCUUCAAGAAUCUGAAGAGGGUGGCCAAAGAGCUCGGAGAGAACCUGACAGAUGAAGAGCUGCAGGAAAUGAUAGAUGAGGCAGACAGGGACGGGGACGGAGAAGUCAACCAGCAGGAGUUCCUGCGCAUUAUGAAGAAAACCUGCCUGUACUGAAGGAAGCGGGCGACGUCAGGGUCGACGGUACAGCGUCGAGAGAGGACCAGUGGUGGUUUUAACAUGUAAUGCUGCUCGUGUAUCUGGUUCUAAUCAGAAAAUUUCCCUUUCAUUGUUAUUAUGUCGCGCCAUACGCUUUCACUUACAAAGGUUUAACCGCCACUUACGCCAAUGAACGACUUGAACCACUGAUCCAUCUUCCGUUGACUUACAUCAUAAUCUAUAUUACAUUUGCCAAAUGCUGCAUACUUUUAUGAAAAAUACAUUAAUAAUAUUUAUGAUAAUAUGUAGGUUAUUUGUUGUCAAGAAAUUCUCAGUGCCUGCCUCAACACAGUACAUUCCAAUGCUUUGACUGAUAGCACAGCGUGUGCAUUAGGUUUCAUCCAUCUGUAGGAUGCUUGAUUUCGACUGCAGAUUCCCGUGUUUCAUCUUUUGGGCUCUUGUGUACUGGUUUUCCAUGAAGGUUCGUAAUGUGAGCAGCUGGUUAACUGCUGAUGAUUUUGGGAGUGCUGUCUCACCUCAGUACUACCUGUGGUUUUGUGCCUGUGCCUCUUUAAAAAAAAGGAAAAAAAAAAAGGGGGGGGGGGGUUGAUCAUCACAAUCAGGGAAGCUGCCUGACCUCUCCGACCUGCACACCUUCCCCAUGAGUCUCAUCAUCUUUAAAAAUAUGAUUGAUUGUUGAUGUAUUUUUCUUGUAGCAUUGAGUAUUUAUCCUUCUGUCGUGUAUAUUUACUCUUCUGUAUUCAUGAACGUUUUGUAUGACAUAUAGUGAAUUAAUUGUAGAUAUACAGUAUAUUAGUGUUGAAGAUACAAAUUAAAUAUCCUGAAGCAGUU